AUGGAGCACUUUGGUGGAAUUUGUAAGCAGUGGUUGGACAAGCUUGAGGAAAAGUCGCCAAAAAAUUGGACGUUUUCAUUCUUGAGGUGUUUAAUCAUUCUUGACUCGAUGUCGACGGAGACUAAAGCACCGGCGCAACCGAAGCGUUCGGUUCCGCCCUCUUUACGUCCCCUUGUAUGGAUGGGUAUUCCCGAGAGUGUACUUGCAUGGAAACCGCGUCUACCAUCUCGCAACUGGUGCAUUUUUUUGGCAUCUGUUGCAGCCGUUGGAUAUUUGUAUUACGACGACCGACGACAAUGCAAAAAAAUUUUGGAAGAAUACAAAGACCGUGUUCGUGGUCUGUCGGAACACUCUAUGCACCCUCUUGAACAGCCACGCAAGGUGCUAGUUUACACCGCCAAGUACCCCGGCGACGAUAACUACGAUGUUGGCACGAUAUAUUUUAAACGGUAUGUUAAGCCGAUUCUCGUUGCCGCCGCUGUGGACUAUGAAAUAUUGAGUGGCACGAGCUAUGGUAAUCUUGCGCGCGAGCUCCGGAAUAGAAUUCAUGAUCGCCGUCGGAACCUCGCUGGACUGGAGCCAUGGACGACUAAUACCGUCGCCGGCACGUCUCUUCCCACCACGCUUUCGCCAGCGCAGUUCUUACAGCGUGAAUUGGAAGGUGCUGUUGUACUAGUCGGUCGUCCAGCCCUCAAAGAGUGGGCAUGGGCACUUAAAGAAGGAUGGGGCUCGAGUAUACCCGCCAAGCCCGUCGACUACAGCGAGAAGCUCGCAUCGGAGCUAAGUGAAGACGGUGCUUUUGAAGAGGAACCAGAGGAGCCUGGAAUCGACUCUUCAAGCACAAUUGACAACAUUGACGAACCUGCUGCGUCUUCAGUGACUGCUACACCAGGACAGGGUUUUGCACUCCCAACGCAAAUUGGUCUUCAGUCACUCCAAGGCCGUUCACUCUCACCAUUGGGUUCCACACAGCCCGUCGCGGCGCGAAUCAAAGCGACCGAAGUCUCCCCGUCCGAGCAAAGUCUACCGCCCGUAUCGCCUAUCCCAGCGCAGCCACCUAUCUGUUUCGUCGACUUCACCAAUUUGGUUGGAUUCGUCAACAUCCCACGCCGCAUUGCUCGCUUCUUUUAUCGCCGCGAAGAUGUGCGUCGGGGCGCCGAAGCAGGUUUGCGCAUUGUUCUAGGUACAAAGAAUGAUGCGCGUGAAUUUAAUCCAGGUGAUCCGGGCACGAUCUCUCGUGAACCGCCGCAAGGAAACGAUUUAGAUUGGGGUCUUGAGGAAGAGUCGUUCUACCCCAAUUCGUUUUCAAAGACACUCGAAAACGUUAAGCGUUGGCGCGAAAACUAUUACAAUGAGCUGCGCACGGAAUUGAAAGCAUCUCGUGAGAUUGCCCGAGGAAUUCGUGAGCCAACUAAAGCCGAAAAGCGCGAUAUGCCGAAAAGCGAAAUUGAACUGCGAAGCCAGCGAUUCGACAAGGAGCAAAUGUGGCGCAACACUGAACAGGGAUUCAAAAUUCUUGACCCUCACGCCGGUGUGGAAUGGGACGAAAGCUGGCGUGGAUCGCUGCGGGUGCUCCGUGAUCGUCCCGAUGACGAACGCAUACCUCGCAAAGAGCAACCGCAGGAAGUGUCAUCGGAUGCAGCUACCACACCUGAGCAAACCGCAGAAAAAGCAGCAGAAACUGCCUCCUAG